CUGAGGGGCGGGGCCGGUGUCGAGCUCGACCCAGUUUGAAAGUGAACCAACGGCUCCAGUCGCGUCUUCAGCCUCCAAACAACAACAAGAACCCAAGACCCGAACCCAAGAACCGAACCGAAGUGAAGUGUGCCGCCGACUGUAGUCGGCCCCUUGACGAGCCGCCACCAUGAUGCGUAAAGACGCCAACAAGCCGAAGGGGAAGACGUCGGCUUACGCCUUCUUCGUGCAGACGUGUAGAGAGGAACACCGCAAGAAGCACCCAGAGCAGUCUGUCAACUUUGCAGAGUUCUCCAAGAAAUGCUCUGAGAGAUGGAAGGGUCUGACCCCUACCGAUAAGAAGUGCUUCGAGGACAUGGCCAAGGCCGACAAGGUGCGUUACAACAGGGAGAUGAGCGACUACGUCCCCCCCAAGGGUUUCGGAAAGAGGGGCCGCAAGAGGAAAGACCCCAACGCACCCAAAAGACCCCCGUCUGCGUUCUUCGUGUUCUGCAGCGAGUACCGUCCCAGUGUGAAGCAGCAGUAUCCUGGUCUGUCAAUAGGAGACUGUGCCAAGAGACUGGGAGAGAUGUGGAGUAAACUGUCCCAAUCUGAGAAACUACCGUACGAAGAGAAGGCCCAGAAACUACGAGAGAAAUACGACCGGGACAUGGUGGCGUACCGCGGCGGCGGCGCGACCUACGCCAGGAACCCCGGCUCUUCAGCUCAGGGAGGAGAGGAAGAGGAUGACGACGAGGGGGAGGAUGACGACGACGACGAUGACGACGAGUAGAGACGACGAGCUGCAGCUGGAUGAGAGAGAGGUGUGUGUGUGUGUGUGUGUGUGUGUGUGUGCGUGUGUGUGUGCGUGCGUGCGUGCGUGUGUGUGUGUUUCAGAGGUCAGACUGUUUUAACAGGUUAAAGGUUAAAGUGAGGGGCAGGAUCUUUGGCAGCUCAUUGGACAGAGGGAGACGGGGGGUGGAGCUUCACAGCAGGAGUUCAGACUUGGGGAGGAAGAGGAGGAAGGACUCGUGAGGAUGACGAGUCUUAUCUGCCAGCCUAUCAGAGCAGCUGUUUUCUCUCUCCAUGGUAACGUGUCCAGGUUGGUGUGUGACGGGAAGCCGUGGCGCUUCAAUGACAUGUUGUCAGUGUCAGUCGAUCAGCUGAUCAGUUGACAGACUGAUAAUUUUAACUAUUGAUUGAGUCCCAUUUUUAAUGAUCAGAUUUUAUGUUUUUAUUCUGGCACCAAUCACAGAAAAGAUCAAUGGUAAUGUUGAUGAGACCACAGGUGACGUCCCGACACUUCCUGUGUGUCACCGUCGGAAGGAACCAGGUCACAUGACCACGGUGAGAGUCAUGAGACUGACGACAUGACACACACACACAAACACACACACACACACAGACACAGGAGAGAGAGAGGUCGCUCUGAAACACACACACACACACACACGACUACUGUGUGUGCGUGCGUGUGUGUGUGUGUGAGUGAGAGAGAUAGAGAGAGAUUGUGUGUGUGUGUGUGUUGGAGGUCAUCAGAUGUUAAACUGUCCGACACCAGAGGAUAGUAGAGUAAACCCCCCCUCACUCUUACCAUGGUUACUCCUGCACCCCCCCCCCCACCCCCUGGUGCCCACCAUCACCCCUGUGUUGCCAUGGAAAUGCCCCCCUCCCCUAUUGCUCUUUAUAAUCGUCAUGUUGUUUUUUUUAUUUUCGUACUGGAGAAUUCAGCGAGUUUUUCUUUCCUUGUUCACUGUCAGAAUAGAAACGUCAACUUUUAUAAUAAAACCACCGACUGAGGGGAAAAAAAA